AUGCAGAACUAUCUUGACUCCUCUGUGAUCUCCAUCAUUGAGGACCUCUCUCUGAGUGAGGUGGGAUGGGAAGUGGUGUCUGGCUUGGCUCCAGCUGUGGUGGGAGUGGCAGCAGCAUCGCCCAUGGCUGUGCCCCAACCCCCUCUGAGACCACCCUUACCCUUGCAGCAGAGCAAGGCCUGCCUGGAUGCACAGAAUGAGCUGUCCUUGCUGACUGCCAUCACGGAGAUCCUGGACAGCACAGAUGAUGAGACCCUGUCUCCCUUCGACACCAUCAUGGAUGUGGAGCUGCUGACCUCGCCUCGGGAGCGGGAGAAUCCCUCGUUUCAGAAGUUUCUUAGCUUGUCCCGUCCAUCGCUGGAGUGUGAGAGCCCUGCCCUCGAGCAGUCCAAGGCUCUCAGGCCUCUGAGCAGCAGCAGCGUCUCUGUGGUUGGGAAGAGUGACACGGAGCUGGUUUGGGACCGUGCUUCUCACAGCCUUGAAGACCUGGCACUGUCAAAGAAGCAAGUCUGCAGCACCCCGAGAGUAGAGAGGAAGCUGGGCCGGCACUGGGCCCGAGAGCAGCCCCUGCCGCAGCGCAGUGAUGGGGAAGAAGAGGAGGAGGAGGCUGCCUUGAGCCCUGAGCUACGCAGCAGCAUGCAGGCUGGGGAGUAUUGCAUGAGUGGGGCCAGGGCGGUGCUGGAGGAUUGUGAAGACCCCUGCAUCAUCAACACAGGUGAUGUGUCCCUGAGUGAGCUGGUGAAGUCCAUGCACCCAUACUGCCUGCCCACCUUCACUGUGUGCCUGGACCCCGAGACCGAGCCAGUGGCCAAGGAGCUUCUGAGUGGUCCUGUCUUACUAGAAAUUGUGCCUGGUGAGGGGGAGAGCCUGGAGAUCCCUGUAGUUCUGCAGCCACUGGCCCCCAGCUUCCCUGAUCUGGAGUCACAGCUCCUGGGAGCAGAGGAGGGUACUGGGGAGACAGUCCUAGAGGAUCGAGAGGAGAUGCCAGGAGCUUCAGCCCAGGAAAAUGGGGUGGAGGAGGAGAAGGAGGAGAAACCACCUGGGAAGGAACCCAACAGCAGCUCCCAAUGCAGUACAGAGGCCCCAGUGGGUGACAAACGUGAGGGCUCCAAGAAAGGACGCGGCCGAGAGAGAGCAAGGAAGAGUCGGAAAAAGAAAGCAGAGGAGGACCAAAGCAAGCAGACCAGGCCAGGCAGGGACUGUGUGGCCCACUGCCCUCGCUCAGCUGGCUCUGGGCAACCCCCAGGCUUGCCACUCAGCAGUCAGCGACGGGCAACACGUCCCUCUGUCCAGGUCUCAGACUUCUUGGCACGGCAGCUGGAGCAAGCCCGGAAGGAGGGGAAGGUGGAGCUGUGUGGCGAGCAAGCACCACCACCCCCACGGAGGCCUCGGAGCAUGGCGCGGAUCUCCCUGCCUGAUAAAGUGCAGCAGGAGCCACAGAAGGAGCCAGUGCCAGAAACUGUGAGUAUGGCCCUGGAGAAGGCUGAGACUGUGGUGCCUCUGGAGAAAGCUGAGACUGUGGUGCCUCCAGAGGAGGCUGCACCAAACACAGAGGAGCUGGUGGCAGCAACCUGUCCUGGCCCAGUGGACCUGGCUGAGGACAAAGGGGAUGCACAGUUGGCUGCCAGACAGGGCAGUGGGGUCUUGAAAGCUGCCUCUUCACUCCCAGAGCAAGGCAUGGGGCUGGAGUCCCCCCAGAGCCUACCAGCAGUAGAGCCGAGCAAGAGCCUGCCCAAGGAAGCCAAGCCCAAGGCCCUGAGCCUUCGGGAAUACCGCAUCCGCAUGCUGCACCGCCAGCCCAGCCCAAGCAGUGCGAAGGACGGAGAGAAGCAAGCAGCCAGCAAGUGGCCCAGCAUCCCUGAGCCUCCAACAGAGCUGGCAGAGAUCCCCUGUCUGGUGUCACCUGUGCGCCCCGCCACCGAAGCAGCCAAGCCACCAGCCUUCCACAUCCAGCCACCCACUGCCCUGGCCAGUGAGAUGGGGGCUGCAGGUGGCCCAGCCAGGCCAGCAACCAGCAGCAGCAGGGUGUCGGACCCCAGGAGGCAGGCACGGCUGGCUGGGGAGAGCUCCCUCCCUAAGGCCCCUCCACCUGUUGCCCAGCCCCUUGCAGCCCCAUCAGCUGCUGCUGCCCAGCCCAGCAAGGUCCCAUCUGCAGCACCAGCUCAGCACAGAGCAGCCCCCCAGGCUGCCCCCACCCAGCCUCUGGAGGAGCCCUCAGGUGUAGCCCCUACCCAGCUCCCAAAGACUCCCCCAGCUGCCAUCUGUUGCCCUGCAGAGGUGUCCCCUGCUGCUGGCCCUGCUGGGGAGUCCCCUGGUACCCACCUCGUUGAGAAGGCUUCAAGGCCAAGCAAGGAGGCAGAGGAGAAAGCCCCGCUGGAGCCUAGGGUAGCUGUUGGGCCAGAGCUACCCACCCAGAAAUCCAUCUCCCAGGCUGUGCCACCACCACCAAAAGCGGGCCGAGAGAGCAGCCUGUCCACCAAGGCACCUGUCACGCGGUUAUGGAGGCACCAGCCGCUCCGCAGCCCAGCGCAGCCCAGCAACAGCAGCAAGGACAUCGUGCAAGCCUUCAUCAGUGAGAUCGGGAUCGAAGCCACUGACCUGUCCAGCCUGCUGGAGCAGUUUGAGAAGUCUGAAGGCAAGAAGGAGGAGGCUCCUGUGCAGCCCCCUGAGGAAAAACGGCCUGUGGUGAGCUCUGGGCCUGAGACCCAGCAGGACAGGAAGCCUCUGGACAGCCUGCAGGCCUCUGAGCUGGCCAAUGUGGCAGGCCUCACCCCCCCAGCGACGCCCCCCCACCAGCUCUGGAAGCCAUUGCCUGCUGUCUUGCUGCUGGCCCAGGCCAAGUCACCCGGGUCUGUGACCCCAGAAGGGCCCCAGAAGACGACCAAGCUGAUGAAAGCCAAGCUGCUGCCUGCAAGCAAGCUCCAGGGAAAGGGCCUGGCAUCAGCCCCUGUGGUCUCAGCCCCCAGCCAUGUCUGCUCUGGAGACCAUGACUACUGCAUCCCAGGUGUGGCACAACCGGAGAGCAAUGGCAGCCCCAGCACACAGCCCCUCACCGAGGGCGGCUCCCGCUGGAAUGUCAAACACCACCGGGACAUCACUAUCAAACCCAUCUCCUCCUUAACCAAACGGACGCUGGAGCAGCCUGAGCCCACCCUGCAAGCCCCCACCACCACCGUGGGGCCCAGCCAAGAGCCCCUGGCUUCAGCUUGCGUAGCCCCCCUGGAUUAUCGGACUAGUGUCCCCAGCAAGUCCGCUGCUGACUGCAGCAGCCCCCCCACCUCGGUGCUCCUGUCUCCAGCUGCAUCUCCCUGCCGGGACAAGGAGAUGCAGACCCCCAGCACCCAGCCCAGCAGUGCUGCUGCCAAGAGGUCCCUGCGCUGCUAUCGGAGACCUCAGGACUCACCCAGCCCCUCUGCCAGCAGCUGGAGGGCUGGCCGGAGUCGUGCCAGCCGCUCUUUCAGCUCCAGUUCAGAUGGAGCUAGUGAGUCCUCAUCUUCAUCCUCAUCCUCCCGAUCCCGGUCCCGGUCAUUCUCCCCACCACCCAAGCGGUGGCGAAGGUACCGCUCAAGAUGUUCCCGCAGCUCCUCCGCCCACUCCAGCUGUGGAUCAUGUGGCAGGUCCCGGGACAGGUCUUCAUCCUCAUCAUCAGCAUCCUCCUACUCAUCCAGGUCCACAUCCUGCAGCCAGUCCCGAUCCCGCUCCCCCUCACCCUGCAGGAGAAGUAACAGGCGGAGAAGAUACAGUUACGAUGCGCAGGACCACUACCAAAGGCAGAGGAUCCUCCAGAAGGAACGUGCAAUAGAGGAGCGGCGAGUUGUGUUCAUUGGCAAGAUCCCCAGCAGGAUGACACGGUCGGAGCUGCGGCACCGCUUCUCUGUGUUCGGAGACAUCGAGGAGUGCACCCUGCACUUCCGCUCGGAGGGGGACAACUAUGGCUUUGUCACCUACCGCUACGCUGAGGAAGCCUUUGCUGCCAUCGAGAGCGGACACAAGCUGCGGCGCCCGGACGAGCAGCCCUUCGACCUGUGCUUUGGCGGCCGCCGGCAGUUCUGCAGGAGGAACUACGCCGACUUGGACUCAAACCGAGAAGAUUUUGACCCAGCCCCUGUCAAAAGCAAGUUUGACUCCCUGGACUUCGACACGCUGCUGCGGCAGGCACAGCGCAGCCUGCGGAGGUAGCGGCAGGCGAGGCGGAGCGCCCGCCCCACUUUUAUACUCAAAAUACAAAAGAAAAAAGUAUGGAGAGAGAGAGAGAGAGAGAGAUGGGGUUUUUAAGAAAAAGAAAAAGGAAAAAAAGAAAUUUGUUUUAUAACCAGUAUUUAAGGAGGACGGGUCAAUUGCCUUCGACCAGAGGGGCCCAGGCGAGUGGCAGCCCCAGGCUUGCCCUGGCCGUGUAAUAAAUGUGGAUGCCCAAACA